ACCCACAUGGCCACCUCCAUGUCUGUCUGCUCCAGCAACCUGAGCUAUGGCAGCCGGGUCUGCCUGCCUGGUUUUUCUGAGUCCUGCACCGGCUCCUCCUGGGAAGUGGACGACUGCCCAGAGAGCUGCUGUGAGCCUCCCUGCUGUGCCCCCAGCUGCUGUGCCCCUGUUCCCUGCUGUACCCCCAGCUGCUGUGCCCCGGCCCCCUGCCUGACCCUCAUCUGCACACCAGUGAGCUGUGUGUGCAGCCCCUGCUGCCAGGCAACCUGUGAGCCCAGCCCCUGCCAAUCAGUGUGCACCAGCUCCUGCACACCCUCGUGCUGCCAGCAGUCUAGCUGCCAGCCAGCUUGCUGCACCUCGUCCCCCUGUCAGCAGGCCUGCUGUGUACCCAUCUGCUGCAAGCCCGUGUGCUGUGUGCCUGUCUGCUCUGAGGUUUCCUCUCCCUGCUGCCAGCAGUCCAGCUGCCAGCCAGCUUGCUGCACCUCGUCCCCCUGUCAGCAGGCCUGCUGUGUGCCCGUCUGCUGCAAGCCCGUGUGCUGUGUGCCUGUCUGCCAAACCUGUGUCUGCCAGCAGUCUGGCGGCCAGCCAGCUUGCUGCUCCGUUCCCUGUCAGCAGGCCUGCUGUGUGCCUGUCUGCUGCAGACCCUCGUCCUCUCUGUCCUUGCUGUGCCGCCCUGUGUGCAGACCUGCCUGCUGUGUACCUGCCUCUUCCUGCUGUGCCCCUGCCUCCAGCUGCCAGCCCAGCUGCUGCCGCCCAGCCUCCUGUGUGUCCCUGCGCUGCCGCCCUGCCUGUGCCCGUCCAGCCUGCUGUUGA